AUGAAUGCGGGAUACAAUGAACAUCACAACAGUCAUGGGAACAAAGACGACUACUCCGGCAACGACUACGGCCAUGAAGAAUCCCGUGACGGCUACAGCACCCAGGGUACCUACUCCGUGCUGCUUCCCGACGGUCGUGUGCAGAGGGUAACUUACUACGUCGACGGGGACUCCGGCUACGUGGCUGAGGUGACCUACGAGGGUGAGGCCCAGUACCCAUCCUACCAGCCUGCCCCAGCACCCUCUUACAGGCCCGCUCCUUCGCCCUCCUACACGCCAGCACCCAGCUAUGCCUAA